AUGAUUUCUAUUUGAUAUUUUAUUUUUGCAUUGCAAGUAAGUUAACCAAGACAUAAGCUCUCAUCAGCUUUCCCCGUGAAGCUGCAAAUGGGGGCAAACUCAGUUCAACAUGUCCUUAAAUGGUAUCCGUCCUCAUCGCCUGAGCUGCUCUCUGAUGUCGACCACAGCACAUUGCAGAGCUAUCUUAUUAGUGUAGCCCGAUUUCGAAAGAGAAUGCCCUUAAAUGGGCCUCUGGAUACAUCGUGUUGUCUUAUUAACGCUUCACACUAGUUUUUGCUCUUUUCAUCUUGCGUUCUGGAUCACCCGCGACAUCACUAGCAAACCAUCAGGACACACUGGAUAUAUGACUGGGCUCCCGGGAUGAUUGCAGUCAACAGAUGUGAGUCUCUUUAUCAGAGACUGGACGGGGAUGUCAAAAACUGGCUGGCUGUCGACCAUUCUCCCGCAUCAGGCAAUACAGUACACAGGCUUCAUGUUAUCAGAGGACUUGUGAGUGUCCUGACAUAUAUGGAUGAAGCCUGCCUCAGAAUCAACUCCGAAAAUAAUCCAAGCGACCACAGUUGAUCCCCCCCCCCCCACCCACGCACCCCUGCCUCUAUGCCUUUAUGCCUCCCCACGGCCGUGCUCGCUCGUCCGGCUGUGUGUGUGACAACUCAGCUGUCACCACGCGGCGCCCAGCCAUGGAGACCAAAUUCAGCUAUUACCAAUAUUUAGCACAGUUUCGUCACGGACGAACUAAGUCAUCGAUUGACAGUAAUGGUGAUGAUAAUGAGGUAACGUCGAGACUGCGAGGAGACGGCAGGGUAAUCAACGUGACGUCACACGCCGAGGAUGUUGAUCCAGUGGUCCUGGCCAUCCGUGGGGGGGAUGUGGAAGUUGUUAAGAAGGUGGCAGAAUCUUCUCCUCACAGUCUGCUGAGGGAGAACAAAGAUGGCUGGAUCCCUUUGCAUCAUGCAGCCUUCAAUGGCCAGCAUGACUGCCUGAGGACCUUAUUGAAAGCACAUCCAGGUUCUGCAGACAAACGCACCUUGCAGGAACAGACUGGCUUGCUGCUUGCUGUGUCUUCUGAACAUUUGUCGUGUGUGAAGUGUCUUCUGGAGUCCGGAGCUGAUCCUGACAUCAGCAGCAAGAACAAAGCAACCCCUUUGUACACAGCCUGCAGGUUGGACAACAUGGACAUGGUGAGCCUCAUCCUCUCUUUCGGCGCCUCCGUUAACCAGCGGUGUGCUCAGGGAUGGACUGCCCUUCACGAGGCCGUGUCCAGGAACAACAUUGCAACAUGUGACAUUCUCGUUGGAGCCGGGGCCACUAUCAACCCCUCCAACACGUACAGCAUCACACCGCUCAUUGUUGCAGCUCAAAUGGGACGCUUGGAAGCACUGAAAUACCUCAUUGGAAAAGGUGCCGAUGUGAACAUGCAGACUUGUGACGGUGUCACGGCACUGCAUGAAGCCAGUAAAAAUGGCCACAAGGAAAUUGUGACAGUGUUGUUGUCCAAAAAUGCAGAUGCAAAUAAGAUGGCGACCACAGGUUUACUCCCACUGCAUGUUGCAGCUCAACAUGGACACCAAGAGGUGGUAUCUCUGCUUGUCCCUGUGACAAGUCGUACCAGGCUUCGGCACAGCGCCAUUAGCCCUCUGCACCUGGCGGCCGAGCACGACAGGCCGCAAGUGGCAGCUGCGCUACUCAAGGCAGGCGCGCACGUCAACGUCACGCUGGCCCCCGCUCUCUCGGCACGCUAUGCCGACGGACGCGCGACGGCCCUCUGCUUCGCCGUCGCCAACGGCUGCGCCGAGACAGCCAAGGUCCUCUUGAACGCCGGCGCCAACACGGGCCUGGACCCCGUCAGUCCUCUGCUGCUGGCCGUGCAGAGGGGCAGCACAGACAUAGUGUCACUGCUAUUGCAGAGAGGAGCUGACGUCAAUGCCAAAAUCACAUCUUGGGCCACGACGUUCCCUGCGGUUGUUGCGCUCUGCGUGGAUAAUCUGCCUCUACUGAAGUGUCUUCUGGAUAACGGCUGUGAUGCCCUUUCCUGCUUCUCCUGCCCAUAUGGCGGAGGUCCUCAUCCAGAACAAUCGCACAUGAGAAAUAUUGGCACCAUUCCUCCCUUAAACUGUAACGGACCAGCACAUGAAGCAACACAGUUCUGUCAAUGGAUUUCGACACCACCAGUGAGCCAAUGGGCUGGACCCAUCAUCGACUUGCUGCUGGAGCACGUCGCUCAUGUUCAGCUGUGCGGCAAACUCACUCAACUCUUAGAGAGCCGCUGCGAAUGGGCUGCUGUCAAGAGAAAGUCAUUGUCACCUCGUCCACUGCGUCAUCUUUGCAGACUGAGUGUUCGCAGCCGAGUGGGCCCCCAGAGACUGCGAUCCCUCUCAAGUUUACCUCUACCUGCAAGACUGAUCACAUACCUUACCGUGAUAGACUGAUGAUGUUAAGAUGACCUCGUUUGGCAUCUCAGCUAUUAAGUACAUUUAUAUUUGUCUGUCUUUUUAAAAAACAAUUUUUAAACCUAAUAUAUCUCAUCUGUACGAUAUGUCUAUUUAUAAACUCUGUGAUGUGA